CAGAAAACACAGGAAACCGGCCAGUCAUCAGCUGUGCGCGUAGUCGCCAACAUGUUACCGCGGCUGUGCAUUACGCUAUUGUUCGCCGUUUUUUUAAACCACAUUCACGCAUAUGACGAGCGAUCCUUCACCUUCGAUGCAGAUUUCGAUUCCAAAGGGAUUGGCGCCAAUGCGUGGGGACGCCUCACGAACGGAACCGGAGAGACGCGUCCGUAAAGACGCCACCGCCGGCGGAUCAAUCCAACGUGAUCACAACGAUCAACCAUCUCAACGAUACGCAUAAACAAAUGAAGGUGCACUGGUGCAAACAGAAGGCUAUCAUUUGUUUGACCAAGGAUCCGCCAGGUACGCCCACGGUGACACCCUCGAGUGUUUAUAUUUCAUACGAUUAUGGCGACACAUACGAUGAUAAAACGAAAUUUUUUAAAUUGGACAACGGAUCGCUUGCGAUUACCGAGAAAUUUUUCGUGCAUCCCGAACAGGAUUCUCAUAUUAUAUUUACUGACCCUACUAAUAAAGUCAUUUUUGUGACUGCGGACACUGGACGAACCAUAACGAAAAUCAACUUGAAAUUCACGCCGAGUGAGAUAUCCUUCCACAAAUUUCAACCGAAAACUUUUUUGGCUUUUGAUACUUCAGAUGCUAAACGGAUGCUCUGGAUGACUGAAGAUUUUGGUCAAAAUUGGCGCGUAGUGCACGAAUAUGUCAAGUCUUACUUCUGGAUGGAGGAUAAAACCGCUCAGCAGCAGUUGGUUUUUGAACGCGCGCUCCCUUCGAAUCUUUCCACUGUUUUCUACACCAACAAACAACAAAAGCUUAAUAUAUACGCAAUGGAAGUGGAGAAAGUCAUCAUGAAAAACGACUAUAUUUUCACCGCAAUGAAAAACAAACGCCAUUCGUACGACGUUUACGUCUCGUAUAAGUUUGGAAAGAAACUGAAGUGUGUUUUUGACACAAAUUUGCUCAUCACGGAUUACCUGGUCGUCGACGUGGAUGUGGAAGCUCAUCGGGCGUUUAUUGCCGUCAGUCACACCAGCACCAUGUCAAAUCUUUACGUGUCUGAAAACUUAGGUGGGCGAGAUGACAAGGUACAGUUUACAGUAUCGAUGGCUAACGUAAUGGCACAUUUUCCGAACACAACGUGGCAGAAUUCUUGGCUGCAUAUGCAAGCAGAUGAGGCUUUUGCCGACGUGUACAAAGUUGAAGGUAUUGCUGGUAUUUACAUUGCGUCGCAAAUUGUCAUCCAACCUAAUAACACCAACAUUGGUCCACACCAUCUUGCCUCUCGAAUUACUUUUGAUCACGGCGGUUCUUGGCGACCUAUAACUGCGCCUAUGUUUGAUAUGGAAGGUCAACGCACUGAUUGUACAGCUGAGAAGAACUGUUCUUUGCACCUGAGUCAAAAAUUCAGCCAGCUUUAUCCCGAUACUAGAUCCUACAGCAUUAUUUCUAGCAAAUCUGCGCCUGGUAUUAUUAUGUCCACUGGUGUUAUGGGACAGUCUCUCAAGGGUCACUUUGGAAUGUUUGUCUCUUCCGACGCGGGUAUUACAUGGCGAUACGUACUUCGAGACUUUUAUUUCUUUAACAUUGGUGAUCAUGGCGGUUUAAUGAUUGCUGCUGAGAAUCUUCUUUUAAUGGGUAAGGUGCGACAUGUACUGUAUUCAACAAACGAAGGUCAACAGUGGAUAGAAACACCAUUCCAUAACAAGGAGAUCCGUUUGUACGGUCUUAUGACUGAACCCGAAGAAAAAACAACUGUGUUUACCAUGUUUGGGUCUCUACCAGAGGCACAUCAGUGGUUGAUAGUCAAAGUUGAUUUGCGUAAAGUUUUUGAUAAAAAUUGCACAGACGAAGAUUUUAAACUCUGGUCGCCAUUACAAAAAGACGAACACAAUAAAUAUGUGACUUGCGUCCUGGGUAAACAGAAACAAUACAAGCGGAAAGUCCCACAUGCUGCAUGUUUGACAGGUGCUGACUUUAACCCACCGAUCACCGAACAGCCAUGCGAAUGUGAACUUAUUGACUAUGAGUGUGAUUUUGGUUUUCUACGCCGUGGCGACCAACAAUGGCAAUGCGUUAAGAACAGUACUUUUAUUGAAGAUCCGUACAUGGUACCAGUCACAUGCCAACCUGGUCAGGUCUACAACCGCACUAAGGGAUAUCGUAAAAUCAGCGGAGAUGUUUGCAUCGAUGGGUAUGUAAAUCAAUACCAGCCUGAUAUCAUACCCUGCCCAACAACGCACGUUAACAAUAUGCUUCUCUAUGCCAAACGCGAGAAUAUUGUCCAGGUGGAUCUUCUGACUUUGAAGCAGAGUAAUUUGGAUAUACCGAAUUUAAAGAAUGUGAUUGCAAUCGAUUUCGACUUGAGUAACAAUUGUGUUUACUGGGCUGAUAUCGUCACUGAUACAAUUGCGCGUUUCUGUGACAAGGCUGGUACACCGGUGGAGACCUUAGUUGCCAGUGAUUUGACUUCCGUUGAGGGCAUGGCUUUGGAUUGGGUUUCGAAGAACUUGUAUUUUGUUGAUGGUGUUCGCGCUGUAAUUGAACUGAUUCGUACAGACAUUCAUUAUGCUGGUCGUAUGAGGAGGACUAUUUUAGAUGCAAAAGUGCUUAUUAAACCGAGAGGAAUUGCCGUCCAUCCAAAGGCUGGUUAUCUGUAUUGGACGGAUUGGGCAUCAGUUAAUCCUACAGUCAAGCGCUCCAAUUUGGACGGUUCUUAUAUUAUUACCAUCGCGGGUAAGACACAUGUAGAGUGGCCCAAUGGUAUCACCAUUGACUACAUCGCAGAGAGGGUGUACUGGGUGGACGCGCGGAAAGACUAUAUUGGCAGUACUGAUCUUCAUGGCAACGGCUUCAAGGAAGUUGCUCUAGACAAUAAAUACGUGUCGCAUCCAUUUGCUGUCGCUGUGUUUAAGGAUGAAGUCUACUGGGAUGACUGGCGCACGGAUUCAAUCUUCAUGAGUAACAAAGACUUUGGAGGUGUUGUGCGUACCCUGGUUGAAAACACGUCUGGUUUGAUGGAUAUUAAAGUUAUUGCUCAUGGCACACAACAAGGUAGUAAUAAAUGCGCUCAGACACCCUCGCCUUGCAGCAACAUCUGUGUUGGCGCACCAACUGCACCAUUCUAUUCUUGCUUGUGUCCAGAUGGUAUGGAGUUGAAAGAUAACAAAUGUCUCUGCCCAGGUGGUAUAGAACCGUUGGAUGAUCAUUUUAAUUGUCCGAAAAUAAGCGGAACUUGCUCAGCAGAUCACUUUGCGUGUAAAAGUGGUAACUGUGUGCCAAAACAAUGGCGCUGUGAUGGCGAAAAUGAUUGUAAUGAUAAAUCCGAUGAAGAGAACUGUGUUGGACCAUCCUGUCCACCGAAUUAUUUUGUUUGUGGCGAUGGCAAGUGCAUCCCGCACUACUGGAAAUGCGAUUAUGAAACUGACUGCGCUGAUGGUUCGGAUGAGAUGAACUGCACUAAGCAUAAUUGUAGUGAUAGUCAGUUCACAUGCGACAAUGGCAGAUGUAUAUCUUCGAGGUGGAAGUGCGAUGGCGAGAAUGAUUGUCGUGAUAAUUCCGACGAGAAAAACUGCGCUCCCAAUACGGAUACUUGUAAGAUUGACGAAUUCAUGUGCGUCACAGGGAAUACUCGAUGCAUUUCGUCACAAUGGCGCUGUGAUGGCGAAAAAGAUUGUCUAGAUAACUCAGAUGAGGUGGGUUGCAACACAAAUCACACCUGCACAGAUUUUCAAUUCUCCUGCGAAGGACCAGGCAAGAGUGGUGAGUGUAUUUAUAAGUCAUGGGUUUGUGAUGGAGAUCGUGAUUGUAAAAAUGGCGCUGAUGAAGAGGACUGCAAGAAUGAUAGUGUGACUAAUCCGCCGUUCGUCAAUCCGUUUGCACCAACUAACGGUAGCGCCUGUCAAGAGUGGAUGUUCACAUGCGCAAAUCACAAGUGUAUCCCGAUUUGGUGGAAAUGCGAUUACGCGAAUGACUGCGAGGAUGGCAGCGAUGAACUUGGCUGUAAUUACACCUCAACGCCAAGUCCAUCGGGAUCGAAGAAUGAUCAUUGGCUCACACCCACAUGUUCGAACAAUCAGUUCCAGUGUGAUUCGGGUGAAUGCAUUUCAAUGGCGUGGGUUUGCGAUUCUGUACCCGAGUGUAGCAACGGUGAAGACGAACAUAAUUGCGAUGAUUUUCACAAGUGUAGCGGCCGUGAUCAAUUCCGUUGUCGCAUCGACGGUAAUUGCAUUCCAUUGUCGGAUAUGUGCAAUGGAAAGCUAGAUUGUCCGGAUGGUACUGACGAGGAAUUUUGCGCAAACCAUUUACCCGGGAUGGCUACUCCUAGUUGCUCUAUUGGCUAUUUCCCGUGCGAUAUGAACCGCUGCUUCCCAUUAGCAAAUAGAUGUGAUGGCAAGAUUGAUUGCGCUGAUGGUUCGGACGAGAAUGCAACGCUUUGCAGCAAUUCAACGUUUACACGAGUUUAUCAAGUUUUACAAAUGGGAGUUGAUGCUAGAACUGUAAACGGAACCAGUGCACUUCUGUACUGGUGGAUUCCGUUACCCGACAAAAUUAAGUUGGAGUUUUUACCCUCGAUUGCUGAUACUUUGGAUGGCAAAUGGAAGAACACCACAUGGAUCAGAGAUAUGGAGUAUCAGUUCAAGGAGUUGCAGCCGAAUCACGAUUAUAACAUGACUGUGUACGUUCGGGUCAAUGGUAGGGAGGCAUCUAUUUCCCCACCUGCAAAGUAUUUCCUGGUGCACACUGCUGAAGGUGUGCCCAGCCCGCCUUAUAAUCUCACCGUCCAACAGACCAACAGCUCUGGUGUACUCCUUGAGUGGAAUAAACCGUUGAAUCCCAAUGGAGAGAUUAAGUCGUAUGACAUCUACUGGUCCCCUCCGUAUCCACCGUUUAGGAUGCGCCUGGCUGAUAAUAGUACCUUCCAAUUCUUAGAUGUUGACUUUGAGCCGAAUAUUACAUACAAAUUUUAUGUUGUGGCACAAAAUGGUGCAGCACUCAGUGAACAAUCGGAAGUGAAAACUAUGGUGUUCCAUUAUCUGCCACUGAUACAAUCAUUGACAGCCUCUAAUAUCACGGCGAAUAGUGUAUCUCUGUCCUGGAAGUACCCGCAUGAAUGCGACGGUUUCAUGAUUCUUGUAAACAUUAGAUAUCCGUAUCCCAAGCAGUCCAAUCAUAUUGUCACCUCAAAGAACAUCACCAUUGAUAAUCUUCCACCGGGUGUAAGAAUCACUUUCAAGGUAGCUGCAUUCAAAGGGUCGUAUACAGGACCAUCGUUGGAAACGUUUGCUUCCACUGUUGGAGAUCAACUUGCCACCAUCCCAAUACGUGAUUUGAAUUUGGUAAAUAUGGGUAACUCGGUGAAGAUAAGCUGGGAUCGUGUAAAGGAUUCGCGUAAAGUCAAGUGGGUGUAUGGCGUGUACUACGGUUUGACGGCUGAUGAUUUGUUAGAGGGUGCACGUUUGAAUACGACCGAUACAACUGUUACCGUACAUAAUUUGGACGCGUGCGAGAGUUAUGUGUUUUCUGUCGGGUUGAUUGCUCCGUUUGGAACUGGGCCGAUUCUCAAAUCACCCAAUUCAUUAUUUACUUACAUUAAUGACAAAGCUCCACCAAAGAAAGUAUCAGUACAAAUGGUUCCAAAUAGUCCGCUGCAGAUGCUAGUGCAGUGGGCACCUUCUUGUUCGGAUUCGAAUCAACCGAAGAAACAACUUGAUUAUUUGCUGGAAAUCACCGAUAAAGUUAGACAAAAGAAAAUUAUGGUGACUGUCGUUAACGCCACUGGAGUAGAAAUGAGCAAAGUAUUUAACGUGUCAUACGGUGCAACGUACGACAUUCGCAUAAAAACCAACAUCAUCGACUCAAAGUAUUCUGAGCCUGUCACCUACUCAGCGCCGCCAAUAAUGCCACCCCAUUCUUUAAUGGUUGUCCAGGAAAUGAACGGCAGCUAUGUCAUCUACUGGAACGAACGUAGUUUACCGGAGGCGUUGGGUGAUUAUAACUACGAAAUUCUUGUCUCUGAAGGGGAACAUCUGAAUGCAUCGACCACUUCGCGAUAUACCGUUCGUUCUCCACCGUUUAUCUUUGACAACCACAGCGCCCCGAUGUACUCUUUCAGCGUGCGCUUGAGAACUAACUCAGGCUAUAGUUCCGACCUUUCCGAAACGCAUACCGUGAAAAAUCUGGGUGGCACAGCACAGGCUUCUACCAGUAAUGCCUGGUCGAUUGCAAUUCCUGUUUGCCUUUUGAUUGCUGUCCUUCUGGGUGCGGUCGGUUUCCUAGCAGUAAAGUAUCGCCGCUUACAAUACAGCUUUACACGAUUUGCUAACUCUCACUACGAUACACGUUCCGAGGCAGCGACUUUCGAUGACAACAUUCUGGACGAGGACGACACGCCGCAAAUCCGCGGCUUCUCCGAUGACGAGCCGCUUGUCGUGGCAUGAAUGGUGUAACAUUCGUGGUGAUAAUAAUAUAGUUACCUAUUUCGUCUGAUUGGCAGAGACGUGGCGAAUUUAUCAACAAUCCGGUUGUAUACUAGUCUGAUGAUAAUUUUAACAGUUUACUAUUUUUAGCUCAUUAAAUUAAUGUAAUUAUUUGGAUCCGAGUGCGACGCUACAAAAGAAAGCCGAUUUUUUUCUAUGUUUAUAAUGUCUGGUAUUUUUCUAAACAAUCGUAUUAUACUCGUUUGGCGUUUCGUUUAAUAUGUUAAUUCAAUUACAACUAAGUUAUUCCUUAAGUCAAAUUUCUGUGAUACACAAAUAUAUAGCGAAUUUUUAAAGGAUGAAAGCAGUGAAGAAUGACUUUGUAAUGUGUCCGCUAUUGGAAUUUGACUGUUAUUCAAGUAAUUUAUAAACAAUAUAAUAUACUGAAAUAAAAACAAAGCUCAAAAAUA